AUGGAAAUCGAUGUGCAAUACCUCAUUCGCGCACUCGCGUAUUUCACAAAAAAUGACGACGGAGAACUGUGCGAAGAGGACGUUAACGCAAUUUUUAACAAAAUCCUUUCGCAAAAUUUGAGCCAUGAAAGUGUGCGUGAGUUGAUAAAAAAUGUGAAAGAAAGCAUACAGUGGAAUAGGCCCAAUUACGUGGAGAAUUUCGUGUUGACACCCUCCAUUUUGCAUAUACUCAUAAACAGACAAUUAAAGAAGUAUGACUUGCAGACCAUUUUUAAGGACCUGUUCAGUUACAUCGAGUCCAACGGAAAAAUUGGAAAAACUGAGUUAGGGAAGUUCAUAGACCUGUGCAAAAGAAACACCACCGCAGAGGACUCAUCAUUGAGCUUGAGUAAAUUCAAUUUUGGAGUGGCCAAUUCGGGUGAAGCCGUUGACUACAACACGUUUCUCGGUUUGAUGGAAAAGCGAUUUUUCACAGGCCACGUUCGGGACAGUCCCGUUAUACAAUUUGACCUUUUGCACACAAACAAACGAAUGCGGCAUGGGUUUCUACCACCCUCGAUGUAUUUCAUCCUGUUAAAAUAA